AUGACUGGAACUGUCAACGAAAGGGAGGACCCUCUCAAUCCGGACGGCGGUGGCUGGGCAUCCUCCAUCCCAGUGCGUACCUGGUCAUCCUACCAUCGAAGGCGCAGGAGUGCUACGAUGUCCAAGUGUUGUUACCUCAAUGGCCCCAAAGCCGAGUACGGCCCUGCCAGGAAACAGCCCAAGCAACAGCACCGCCCAGGUCCUUGGUUCCAACCACCCCAACGGCCCUACUGGGCCAUGUACUCCAACUGGGGUCAAUGCGGAGGGCCCUGGCGCCCACCUCCGAUGGCAUCCCAGAACCCCAUCUGCCCGGCGCAGAUGAUUCGGGCCUAUGGCCUACAUCCGCUCUGCCUUUGCUGCUGCUCCUGCUGGAACGCACCCUGGAACCUCGGCUGGGAGAGACCCCCAGGCAGGAAGAUGCGCUGGGGUAGCAGGGGCCGAGGCCUGCGUAGCCACUCUCGCCGCUCCUUCCGGCGGAACCCACCGGUAGACCUGAGCAAGCUGCUGCGGCCAGUCAACCCGUAUGGGUGGCGGGCACCUGGCAUGAGAGCGCCUCCAAACACCACCCAGUUCAUCAUGAACCAGGUCUAUGAAGACAUGAAACAGCAAGAGAAGCUGGAGCGCCAGCAGGCGGCGCUGCGGGCACAGCAAGCCCAGGAAGGCGACACCCUUCAGGGAGGAUGCACUGCCAAUGGCGCGUCCGCCUGCGGCAUUGAGGAAGACCCGCAGUUGCAGGAAAAUCUGUAUGGCUUCAUGCAGGAGCCCCCUCUAACCUUCAGUCCUGCCGCGGGGCAACAAAACCAGUCUCCAAACCCGCAGCAGACAGAGGAAGAGGAGGAAAAUGAUGGUAAUGAUGCGGAAGAGUGUGAUGACGAGGUCUGUGAUGGAAAGGAGGAGAGUGAGGAGGAGGAGGAGGAGGAGGAGGAGGAGGAGUGCCGCGGGACAGAAGAUGAAGAUGUGGAUGAGGAGGACGUUGAAGAGGGUGACAAGGGGGAGGACAGUGAAGAAGACCAAGAGGAGGAGAUGUUGGAAGAGGAGGGGCUGGAGGAGGGACAGCAGAGAGAGGAAGAAAAAUUCUUACCCCUGGGAAUACCUUUGUCAGUCCUAGUAGGGGAGGAAGAGGAGAGAGAGAACUUUAUAAACUAUGAUUAUUUGAGCUCAGAACACAUAAUUCCCACGGUGCCAGAAGAAGACCUGUUUAUGUUAUCAGACAUUAGCCAUUAG